AUGGCCGAUUUUGCAGACCUGAAACCGAUAAUAACCAACAACAAACGAGGAAGAUAUUCUUCUAAUCGUCCAAGAGUGUUAUACGAGGAGAUAAUCGAGACACCUGAUGAGUUGAUAAUUGCUGGUAAGUCCAAAGGCCCUGAACCUAAAUCCGACGAGCAGCGCAAGUCUUCGUCCAAGUAUUUUGGGAUGGAAGACCUUUAUUAUGAGAACGAAGUUUUUGACGAGUCUCAUUGGGAAGCAAUGAUUGGGUUCACUUUGGUUAGAAUUGCUUCGCCCUUAUUCUUCAUUAUUCACUGUGCAUUCAUUCUAGGCGUGUUGUAUUACAAAUAUGGCUUCAGCAUCGACGAUCAAACUGCCAAAAUAAUGCCCCACAUAAUGUUCCCGCUUGUUUUGAAUCUGGCGGUGGUUCAUGUAUUCAACAAAUGGUAUUUCUCGGGCAGCUACUACAAAUUGAGAACACCCUGA